CGUAAUAUUCCUGGUUCAUCUGUUUCGCUAAAGCAGCAAAUACUGGCUUCUUCCACGGGUGCCGUCGUUACUGCGCUUUUGAUGACACCUAUGGAUGUAGUGAAAAUCCGGUUGCAACAACAGCAUCACCCAUUUCCCAAGGGUCAGUGUUUCUUUUAUCACAAUGGACUCAUGGAGCAUCUCUGCAUACCUUGUGAGAAUCGUCAGCCUUGCGAAUGGUAUCAAAGACCUGGAAAUUUCUCUGGGACGAUUGACGCUUUUGUAAAAAUCACACGUAACGAAGGCAUUCGAUCUCUCUGGAGUGGUCUCUCGCCUACGUUGGUGAUGGCUGUUCCUGCCACCACUUUUUAUCUUUCAGUUUAUGAUGCAUUGCUCACGAAAUUUCGAAGGGCUCUCUGUUUCCGUCGUACGUUAACACCAGAGUUAUUUUGUCCACCAGACUGGUCAGGAGCACUGGUGGCUGGAGCGACGGCACGUGCAAUUUCCGUGACAAUCGUAAGCCCGCUGGAGAUGAUUCGUACGAAAAUGCAAAGUGAAAAUUUAAACUAUGGUGAUAUUGGAAAAGCACUACGAAUCACAUUUAAUAAUCAUGGGAUACCUGGUUUUUACUUGGGCUGGAUGCCUACUCUAUUGCGCGACGUUCCUUUUUCAGCUGUCUACUGGUCGGGAUACGAAACGCUUAAACGAAUCAUAUUGUCUUGGAAAAAAAUGCCAGAGACGACUUUCACAACAUCAUUUUUCUGUGGGGCCACGGCUGGAACAUUUGCUGCCAUUGUUACUCAUCCGUUCGAUGUGAUAAAAACACAUCUUCAAAUCAAGCUUGGCGAACAGCACUAUUCUCACCGUAUUGCUCUAACAGAAACCGUGAAGGAGAUUGUUCUUCGUGGUAUCAUUGCAGGUACGGUGCCGCGAAUAGCAAAAGUUGCUCCAGCCUGUGCAAUAAUGAUAGGAUCUUACGAGUAUUUUAAAAUUUAUUUCAAACAUCGAAACAGUAGGCGGUAG